AUGAUCGUAUCAGGUGCCCUAGCACAACAUAUAAUACCGAUAAUUCAAGAAUGCCCACAGUUAGUCUCAAUUUAUAUUUUAUAUGACAAUCAAUCGAUUCAUGAGGAAUGGGCCAAAACAAUACCUAAGGUAAAAGGUAUAUACACACAAAUCGAACCGAUUUGUAAAGCAUUACAAAUCGAUCAAGAAAAUUGUGAUCGAGCUAUGAUCUCGAUAAGUUUUAAUAGAAUUGAUCCAUUAUUUAUGUAUACACAAUUGUUAAAAGAAGCACUUUUGCAAAUAGAAGAUGAUGAUGCAAAAUCGAUUAAGGAACUCGUUGAAUACUGUCGUGUUCAAAGCGAUGCUUCCAAAAAAACACUUGAAAAGAUUGAAGAAGAAUAUCGUAAUCAUUCACCCAUUUGGUGGUACACAGGUCCAUAUUUUAUCUACUCAAUGCUCAAUCGUGGACUUCGAGAAAUGAAUGUCGAUAUUAUCUUGAAGAUGGGUUUCUUCAUUCGCCAUUUACAUAAUCAUAUUACUGAAUUACAUCGUCAACAACAAGACAACAUGCCAACAAAACUUCAAGUCUUUCGUGGACAAGGUUUGUCCAUGGAAGACUUUGACAAAAUGAAACGAACCAACGGAGGACUUAUGUCCUUCAAUAAUUUUCUGUCGACAAGUCUCAAUCGUGAGAUUUCCCUGGAAAACUAUGCACGGCCAGCGACACAGAAUCAUACUUCAGUUGGUAUUCUCUUUGUUAUGACCAUUGACACGACUAUUUGUACAAAUUCAUCGACACCAUUUGCCGAAGUAAGCAAUAUUGGCUUUUAUAAAGAUCAAGAAGAAGAAAUACUUUUUACAACACAUGCGAUUUUUCGUAUCGAUCGCAUUGAACGAAUUCGUGAUAAUCAAUGUGAUCGGCUAUUCGAAGUUAAUCUCACUAUUGUGGGUAAUGACAAUCAUGAAUUGAACACACUAACAGCACAAAUACGUUUAACAACUUGA